UCUUCGUCGGUUUAAUCAAAGCCUUUUCUCUUUGCCCUUUUUACCUCUAUCCAAUAAUGGACCGCCACGGGGAUCCUACCCCCGCCGCCGCCGACGACGACUCCAUUCGGCGUUCUCCGCUGGAUGAUCCUCUUGAUUUCAUUCCCGUCGGAUCACCGGAAGAGGAGAUUUUAUAUCCGCCGACCGAUGAGGAUCACGACCCUGACCAUAACGGUCACCGAAAUGAUGAUGAACACGGUCAGGUUCACGAUCAGAAUCCCGAGGUCUAUUCUGCGACUGAUGUACUUACGGAUGAUCUCAAAAAGAAGAUCAUUAAGCAGGCGGAAUAUUAUUUUAGCGAUGAAAAGUUGCCCACGGAUAAGUAUAUGAUGGGUCUGAUUAAGAGGAACAAAGAAGGAUUUGUUCUUAUUUCAGAAAUAUCUUCUUUUAGGAAAAUGAAAAAGCUCACCAGAAAUUAUCCAUCCAUAGUUGCCGCUCUCAAAGAGUCUUCCUUACUUGUUGUGAGUUCUGACGGGAAGAAGGUGAAGCGCCGCAAUCCUCUUCCAAUCAUUGAGGUUAGGGAUCCAAAGGUAUUCACUGUUUUGGUAGAAAAUCUUCCAGAGGAUCAUUCGGUGGAGAAUAUUAAGAAGAUAUUUGGUGAAGUGGGACGCAUAAAGAAAAUAUCAAUUCGUGAUCCGCAUGCUAUUGAAGAGUCGAAGAAAAGUGGUAGGGCUGAUAUCUUGAUCAGCAGUAAGUUACAUGCUCUGGUGGAGUUUGAGACUGUAGAAGCAGCUGAAAAAGCUGUGACUACUUUGAACAAUGAACAUGACUGGAGAAAUGGCAUGCAUGUUAAGCUUCUUGAGCGAAUGGGCACGCAUGGGCAGCGAAAGCAAGCUCGGAGAGGAUCUGCUCCUGAAAAAAACAGCAAUGCUCGAGCACCUGAUCAAACAGGAAAUGAGGAGAAUAAUAUCUCAAGUGAGCAUCAUGAAGAUAUACCAUAUGACGAGGACGGGGAGCAUUUGCCCAAGGAAAAAAACGGGCAGCGAUAUAGAAACAGAGGAAGAGGGAGGAGACAGAAGAAUCAUGGUACCAAUGGACUUGGCCAUGGAACUACAUCCUCAUGCCAUGCCCUUGAACUGUCUAAGCCACCCCCGGGCCCUAGAAUGCCCGACGGAACGAGGGGAUUCACAAUGGGUCGUGGACGGCCUCUACUUUCUUAACCAAGUUUGUGACUUUUGUUUUCAGCACCUCUGGUCUGAUCUUGCAUUCCGUGUUUUCAUUAUCAUGCGUUGUACAUAUUAGUGACGGUGUUCGGAUAUGGUUUUGAAGGCCAAUUGAUUUAUCGGUCUUAUUAGUGACGGUGUUAGCUUUGUUUAUCUUUUGAAAACUGAACAUACGAAACGAAACGGCUUGUCCUGUGGGGUUACGUUCAUAGAAAUGAUUACAUUUGGUUGUGAAAAUGAUUGUGAGAAUUGGAUUGACAAAAUUACCAGC